CCCGCCCUCUCCCAUUCAUAAAGCCCAAGCCCCGCCCCCGCCCUGCUAGCCCCGCCCCCGAGUGCCCAUCCGCCCUUCCGCCCAGCCGGAUCAGCUGCUGUUGUGAUGAGCUCAGCGGGGGGCCGGGCAUGGCGGAGGAUCUGGAGGAACAGCCCCAGGGCUGGCUCAGUGGCUGGCUCCCUGCCUGGCGCCCCACCUCCAUGUCCCACCUGAAGAAUGUGGAGGCCCGGAUCCUGCAGUGCCUGCAGAGCCGGUUCGUGGGGCAGUACGUGACCCUGCCGGGCCGGGCGCGCGUCUGGACCAUCUCGCUGUGCCCGGAGCAGGGCAAGGGGCGCACCCCCCUGGUGCUGGUGCACGGCUUCGGGGGCGGCGUGGGACUGUGGGUGCUCAACCUGGACCGGCUCGGGGCCCGGCGGCCCCUUCACGCCUUCGACCUGCUGGGCUUUGGGCGCAGCUCCCGGCCCUUCCCCCACGACGCCCAGGGCGCCGAGGCCGAGUUCGUGCGCUCCAUCGAGGACUGGCGCCGGCAGAUGGGCAUCGGUGCCAUGAUCCUGCUGGGGCACAGCCUGGGGGGCUUCCUGGCGGCCUCCUACAGCCUGGCGUACCCUGAGAGGGUGAAGCACCUCAUCCUAGUGGACCCCUGGGGCUUCCCCGUGCGCCCCACCGACCCCAGCCAGAUCCGACCCCCCCCAACCUGGGUGAAGGCCAUGGCGGCUGUCCUGGGGCGCUCCAACCCCCUGGCUGUGCUGAGAGUCGCCGGGCCCUGGGGCCCUGGCCUCGUCCAGCGCUUCCGUCCUGACUUCAAGCAGAAAUUUGCGGAGUUCUUUGAGGACGACACCAUCUCGGAGUACAUCUACCACUGCAAUGCCCAGGCACCCAGUGGCGAGACGGCGUUCAAAGCGAUGACGCAGGCGCUGGGCUGGGCGCGCCGGCCCAUGCUGGAGCGGAUCCACCUGCUCCCACGGGAACUGCCCAUCACCCUGAUCUACGGCGCCGAGUCCUGGAUCGACACCAGCACCGGGCGCCGCGUGCGGGAGCUGCGGCCUGGGAGCUACGUCCGGCACCUGGUACGGCUGGGCGCCCCCGGGGGUGGGGGGGCAGGGACUUGGGGGCCGGGCCUAGAGGGGUCAGCAACGCCCCCUAGCGCCAGAGACCUGAGUUCCCCGUGGCCCGGCUUUGCCACGCCGUCUCCCCAGGCCGGGAGGGGCUGGAAGGAGAAUUUCCACUACCGGGACCGGUGCCUGUCUCUCGCCGUGCUGCAGUGGGUGGAGGCGUCGCUGGCGGAGCUGGGCUGGGAGCCCCGAGAGGCGCUCCUCAGCUCCCCGGACACGCUGCGCCACCACCUGGAGAACUCGCCCUGGGGGGCGGCCCCGUCUCGGAGACGCUGGCGCCGCAAGCCCAGACCCCUGCCUCCCCUGUCCUCCUCGUUGUGGGUGGCCGGAGACGGAGGCGCUUGGGAGGAGAAUUACCGCUACCACCGGCUGGCGGGCAGCCUGGUGUCCUCAGAAGAGCCCGUGGAGGAGUUCCCGCCGCUCAUCCACCGGGAGGCGCCGAGGGGCCAGGCCCAGGGGCCCCCGCUGCCACUCCGGGACCUGGCCUAUGCCCAGAUGUUGGGUGAGGGGCACUUCAUGCUCCAUCUCCCACCGUAG